CUGCAAGCCCGGGCUCCUCCGCCCCGUCCCGCCUCGGCUCCUCCCGUUUCCCGCCUCCGAGGCCCUGGUGCGAGCCCGCCCCAGCCUCUGCGCCCCUGGCUGCCCUGAUCAGCCUCCCCAGGCUCCAUGUUGGCCCCUCAGCGAGCGGCGGCGGCGGCUGCUUCGGGAGCAGCAGGUGAAACCAUGGAGAGUGGGAAGCCCGGACCCGUGCAAAUUGUCGCUGUCCACAAGGACCAGCAUUCAUUUGAACUUGAGGAGAAGGCGCUGGCCAGUGUCCUCCUGCAGGACCACGUCCGGGACCUAGAUGUGGUCGUGUUGUCGGUGGCCGGAGCCUUCCGGAAGGGCAAAUCCUUCUUCCUAGACUUCAUGCUGCGAUAUUUAUAUUGCCAGAAGGAAGGUGGCAGCUCCAAUUGGCUGGGUGACCCCGAGGAACCACUAACGGGCUUUUCCUGGCGUGGCGGCUCUGACCCAGAGACCACUGGGAUUCAGAUCUGGAGUGAAGUUUUCAUCGUCGAGAAGCCAGGUGGGAAGAAGGUUGCCGUUGUUCUCAUGGAUACCCAGGGGGCGUUUGACAGCCAGUCCACUGUGAAGGACUGUGCCACCAUCUUUGCUCUCAGCACCAUGACUAGUUCUGUUCAGAUUUAUAAUUUAUCACAGAACAUUCAGGAAGAUGAUCUUCAACAGCUGCAGCUCUUCACAGAAUAUGGUCGACUGGCAAUGGAUGAAAUUUUCCAGAAGCCGUUCCAGACACUGAUGUUUUUGGUUCGAGAUUGGAGUUUUCCUUAUGAAUACAACUAUGGACUACAGGGAGGGAUGGCAUUUUUGGAGAAACGUCUACAGGUCAAAGAGCAUCAACACCAAGAAAUCCAGAGUGUCCGCAAUCACAUUCACUCGUGUUUUUCCAGUGUCACCUGCUUCCUGCUGCCACAUCCGGGCCUGCAGGUGGCCACCAGCCCCGACUUCGAUGGGAAGCUGAAAGAUGUUUCCAGUGACUUCAAAGAGCAGUUGCAGACACUGAUACCAUUCAUAUUGAACCCGGCCAACAUCAUGGAAAAGGAGAUCAACGGGUCCAAAGUCACCUGCAGGGGCCUCUUAGAGUAUUUCAAGGCAUAUAUUAAAAUUUACCAAGGAGAAGACCUGCCGCACCCCAAGUCCAUGCUUCAGGCCACAGCGGAAGCCAACAACUUAGCAGCUGCUGCGUCUGCCAAGGAUGUCUACUACAGGAAUAUGGAGGAGGUUUGCGGGGGAGAGAAGCCUUACCUAUCCCCAGAUAUUCUGGAGGGGAAACACUCAGAAUCCCGGCAGCUUGCUCUGGAGCAUUUUAAGAAGACCAAGAAGAUGGGAGGGAAGGAUUUCAGCCUCCGGUACCAGGAGGAGCUGGAGCAGGAGAUCCGGGAACUCUACGAGAACUUCUGCAAGCACAACAGCAGCAAGAACGUCUUCAGCACCUUCCGCACCCCAGCUGUGCUCUUCUCGGGCAUCGUGGCCCUGUACAUCGCUUCAGGGGUCACCGGCUUCGUUGGGCUGGAGGUCCUGGCACAGCUCUUCAACUGCCUGGUGGGUUUGCUGCUGAUCGCGCUGCUCACCUGGGGCUACGUGCGCUACUCUGGCCAGUACCGGGAGCUGGGUGGUGCCAUUGACUCCGGAGCCAACUACGUUUUAGAGCAGGCCGCUUCUCAUAUUGGUAACUCCACGCAGGCCGCAGUGAGGGAGACACCGCCCAGGAAUCCGCCAGCCGAUAAAAAAGCUCAGUAGCAUCUCUGGACAAGAGGACCAGUCCGGAACCAUCCUUGCCCCUAUUGAUUCCUGGGUGUCUGCCAGAGCCACAGGUCCGGGGCAGGGGAGCACAGCUCUGGGGCCAUCCUGGAGAGCAGAACCUGGCUCUCAUUAAGGACCAUGACUCUCCCGUGUCCUUUGGGCUUCUGGGCGUCUCCUGGAAGCUCCUUUUUCUUGUGGCUUGAACCUCGAGCUUGUGUCUUUCUUCUUAUUGCUCUGCUUUAUGCACUUUAUGAGGGGGAAAGCGAAAGCAAAAGGAGAGAACGGGAAAUGAGCAGUUUUCAGUCCUUUACCCGCCACUUGGUGCCUUGGAAGGUUGAAUUCAGGUGUUUUGCACACAUGAUGGGGAGAUGGAGAGCCACACUCAAGCAUACCCCAACUUUUUUGGGGGUGCAGUUUCUCCCUAUAUUUUUAUUUUAUACCUUUCUCUUUUGAGAAGAAACCCUUUGUUUUGGAGGGGGAACAAGCCUUAUAAAAACUUAGAACAAAAGACUGAAAAUGAUGCCAUUACACAUUAACAAUCUGACAGCUGCUUGCCAUGUAACAUGGGAAAGUCAUGUCCUAUUUAACUCCAUCUUAGUCCCUGAAGUUUCAGGUCUUUGACUGACAUGCUCGUUGAUUUUAUUGCCACAUACUUU